CUGGUGACCUCGGGUGAACUUAGGUGGUCCGAGACAGGCUAAAGAGUCAGUGGCAGACUUAUAAAACCUCUGAAGACGUCUUCUCCUGCAGAUCUUGAGAAAUCCCAGCACCAUGGCAGGUAGAGACAAGGCCGGCAACCAGCUGGAAGAGUUCAAGAAGCUUCAGAAUGGGAAUGUUUCCACGGUUACCACGGGAACGGGCGCUCCGGUGGACAACAAGCUGGCCGUGCUGACGGUGGGUCCACGGGGGCCGAUGCUGAUGCAGGACUUCACCUACAUGGACGAGAUGGCACACUUCAACAGGGAGAGGAUCCCGGAGAGGGUCGUGCACGCCAAGGGACAUGGUGCCUUUGGGUACUUUGAGUGCACCCAUGACAUCAGCCAGUACUGCAAGGCCAAGCCGUUCGAACAUGUGGGCAAGAGAACUCCACUGGGCAUCAGGUUCUCAACUGUUGGUGGAGAGUCAGGGUCAGCUGACACGGCCCGUGACCCUCGAGGUUUCGCGGUGAAGAUGUACACAGAGGACGGGAACUGGGACCUGGUGGGGAACAACACGCCCAUCUUCUUCAUCCGAGACCCCAUCCUGUUCCCCAGUUUUAUUCACACUCAGAAGAGGAACCCUGCAACCCACCUCAAGGACCCAGACAUGUUCUGGGAUUUCAUCACACUGCGUCCUGAGACGACCCACCAGGUGUCGUUCCUGUUCUCGGACCGCGGCACGCCCAACGGGUACCGACACAUGAAUGGCUACGGAAGUCACACCUUCAAGAUGGUCAACAAGAACAACCAGGCCGUCUACUGCAAGUUCCACUGGAAGACUGACCAGGGCAUUAAGAACCUGACCCGGCAGCAGGCUGAUGACCUGGCGGGCAGCGACCCCGACUAUGCAGGUCGUGACCUCUUCAACGCCAUUGCUGAGGGCAACUAUCCUUCUUGGACCCUGAAGAUUCAGGUCAUGACCUUCGAGGAGGCUGAAAAGUUCCGAUUCAACCCGUUUGACCUGACCAAGAUCUGGCCCCAGGGAGAGUUCCCCCUCAUCCCUGUGGGGAAGAUGGUUCUGAACAGGAACCCGAAGAACUACUUUGCUGAGGUGGAGCAGAUCGCCUUCAGCCCCAUCCACAUGGUCCCCGGCAUAGAGGCCAGCCCUGACAAGAUGCUGCAGGGUCGGCUGUUCUCGUACUCGGACACCCACCGCCACCGUCUGGGCAGCAACUACCUGCAGAUCCCGGUCAACUGUCCCUACCGCGCCCGCGUCACCAACUACCAGCGCGACGGGCCGCAGUGUGUGGACGACAACCAAGCCGGAGCCCCCAACUACUACCCGAACAGUUUCUCUGGUCCUGAGCAGAAUGAGUCCAUCGCUCCUCCGGCCUUCAAGGCUUCAGGAGACCUGCAGAGGUACAACACUGCUGACGAGGACAACUUCACACAGGUGGGGACAUUCUGGAGGAAGGUUCUGAGUGAGUAUGACCGCGAACACCUGGUGGACAACCUGGCCUCUCACAUGCAGAACGCUCAGGACUUCCUACAGAAGAGGGCCGUGAAGAACUUCUCCCAGUGUGAUCCUGAGUACGGCCGUCGUCUUCAGGAGAAGCUGGACAAGUACAACGCUGCCAAGGCCUCUGCCCGAGUGCCUGCCCAGCUGUAA